CAAAUUGUUUAACAUCUGGGUAUGUCUGUAAUAGCAGAAGAUGCAAGCAAUGUUAACAAAUAUAGAUCGACUAUAUUAACAUUAUUAGUAUAAUAACAUGUCAUUUGACUCAUUUUUUCACCAUGACAAACGUCUACUGAUGAUUUUUGAACAAACAGAAUCGGAAAGAGUUUUUCGAAUACAACAAUAAUAGAUGAAGUUGGCUGCUGGGAGCCCUUUAUUUCGAGGUGAACCAUCGAUGUCAAACACUGGUUCUGGGCUUGAGUUUACGUACCACAAAUCAUUUCAGAAAUUCAUGGUAUUUUUUAUUUGUAAUAGAGCAAAUGAUCAACUAAUGUUUAAAUAGAACAUUAAAUCAAAGUGACGUUUAUAAGUCAUUUUCAGACAAAUAUGGAUGUACCAAGUUACAAAGAUCAUACUUUUCAAUCACUGAAAAAAAAAAUCUUACCUCUUAUCCAGAAUAAAAUUUUUCUUGGGAGGUACACCGAGAAACGCUAUGUGGAAUCACUUCAAUCUUACAGGGAUAUAAUUGUUAUUGAAUCAAGUGAAGAUAUUAUUCCAAAUUUAAUGAAAUCAAAAGAAAUUUUAGAAACAUAUUCUAACAAAAAAUGGAUUGGAAUAUCAAGAGAUUUACAGAACAGUGAAUCAAAUGAUUGCCUUAUCUGGACAUAUGUAAACAAUGUUCCUAUUGGAAAACACUGGUUCCAACUAUCUGCUAUUAGAUUUGAAUCAAGAGAAAUAUUAUUGGAAAUUCAACAUAUUCAGCCUUACCGAUUACCAGAUAAAAGUAUAUUGUGUAGCGAUGAUCCUGAUUUUCCCAAAUUUGAUAUUAAUCAAAUAUUCACAUACGAAAAUGUAUGUGAGGCAAUUAAAUUCAGUGCAAUAGUUUUCAUGGCACUUUUUACAUUUGCUGUGGAAGCUGUAAAGUUUGUGUUAAAAUGGAGCAUAGAAUUAAGCUAUGUAAUUGUUAAUCUUGUGCAUGUCUGUACUCCAAUAUGUUUAGGCAUGUUGGAGUUUUUAACAAAAUGUGUGGGAGGAUUUUAUUGGAUGGUAUAUGUAAUAUUUCGAGGUACUCCGAGUACCUCUGCAGUACCAGCUGCACUUAUGAACAAUCAAAGACGAUCAAUUAAUUAUCAACGUUUUGGGGCAAAAGGUUAUAGAGAAAAUACUUCUCCCACAUCAAGAUUUAGUUCGCCAAAUUGGAAAAGUAACCAAAGAUAUUGAUUGACAAUAUAUCUUUAAUUUUAUUUUUUCAACGUUUUCAAAAUUGCGAUAUUUCUUAAUGUUACAGUACUAAUAUUAAAAACCAUUUUUAUCGAGAGAUAAUUUUAUAAUUCAAUGGUUUACAUGUGAUUUAAAAAAAAAAGUAAUUAAAAAAUAUGUAUAUUUAAAGGUAAUUUAUGAGAAACUUUUUGCUUUGAGUAUUUUAGUAACUCUUAAAACAUUAAUUCUUUUGAUGCUGAUUUUUUUAUAGUAAUAUUUAAAAUAAAAGUAAAUAUGCAUACCACCAUAAUUUUGUUUAAAUAACAUUCAAUCAACUGUUUGAUUGUAAGUAAUAGAUUUAUAAUAAAAACUUUCAAUAAUUUUGACUAGCUUUUUUUUUUGAGAAAAGAACAAUAAUUUUGCAUAAAUGAUGACAAAUAAUUGGAAAUUUUAAUAGUAAUGCUUUAAUCAAUAUUAAGUAAUUAAUAAAUGAAAAGUACAGUGUUAAGAUUCAUGUGCCAAGUUUAUGCACAUGGAAGCAAUCUAGACCACAGGCUUCAGUUCAAUUCACUCGAGACCUUAACUGGAUCAGACGAGUUCUACAAGUAAACAAAGCGAUAAAAUAAUAAUUAAAUUAACGAUUAUGUCAGUGUUAAAUGAGCAGCUUCGAACUUGAUUGAAUUUGGAUUAAUUUCUCUGUGGUGAGUAUAACAUAAAUUUUAACAAAUAAAAGAAAUAACGUAUGUAUAACAUUUGACACUUAUAAUACCAAACGAUUCCUUUAAAUUGUUUUGUUUUCAGUCUUGUUUAUUUUAGAUUUAUAUACAGUUCACACAUAGAAUAUUUACAUUUUAUAUAAUAGAAGUUAUUAUAUACGUAUUUUUUAAUUACACGAAUCUUCUCAUUUAUUAUAUUGUUCAUUAUUUCGUUUUGUUUAAUAUACUGUCUUAUGCGACUAAGAUUUAAAUUUUAUCAAACAAAUAUGAUUGUUUUCGACGGCGUCAAAAUCGGGGUGAUUGAAGAACGAAUACUUUCAAUUUGUCUAGAAAAUUUAUUUAAAACUAAACGUACAUUCAAUUAUAAUUGAAACUUUCAACACCUCUUUUAGGUACAAAAUAUAUAAAAAUGUUUAUUGACUUAGAAUAUGAAUAUGUAAUAAUUAUUAAAAAAUGAAUGAAUAUGACAUAAUAAUACUGUAAUUCAUAGUGAAAGUGAUUAUGAGUAUAAUAAAUUAUAAUAAAUGCGUAUAAUCAUCAUCAUUCUGAAAAACUACUUAGAAUCUAAAAAAAAACAGAUCUGAUAACAUCAUUAUCGAAGUCACGACUGGGCAAGUAUUUGCACAUCUCGAUUAAAAUAUUAAAAAUCAGCAUUGCUACUUCACUCUCGUUGAUGAUGGACAUGCCUUUGGCAACUAGCGUCCACUCGAGCCAAGGUACUUGAGAUAAGACUCGCCAGCUGCCAAGCCCUUGUUCCCUUACUUUUACUUUGUGUGAUAUUUGAUUUGAUACGUAUAAGUACAAUACGUCUCUCAGAUGUUUUACGCGCUUAUCGGACCAUCGCUCUUGUCGCCGUCGUUGUAGUACCGUUGUAUCUCCUAAAUAUAUUCCUGACCUGGAUCAGCCUCGAUAACAUUUGCCCGAGUUGGAACGACUGCAUGCGAAGUAUGCAAGUGAGCUAAGCAGGUCAACUAAACGUUCUCAUUCCAUUUUGAUCCAUGAUAUCUUUGACGUUUCUUCGAUGCAAAAUGAGUUUCUCGAUAAACAUCACCAGGCAAUCCCGUUCCGCUCUAUCUAUGCCUACGAUGUGUUUGGUGUUGAAUGUCCCCGUGUAAUAACGUUCGAGACUACAUAGUCGCACAGAUUCUAUACAAAAGCACUUCGUUUCGGUUUUAGUUAUUAGUAAAAAUCAACGAUACAGAUUAUUGAAAAAUUAAUGACAAAAUACUCAUUAAUAGGGUUGUCAGGUGAAUAUUUUUCAAGUGGUAAACUCAGAUAAUAAUCAUCAAUUUGAACUUCGACAAAUGCUGGUACUGAACCUCGAAUUCUCGAUGAUUCUAAACAAUUAAAGUUCCCCCGGAUAAAUCUCUCUCGAAAGUAAAAAUGCGUCUAUUUUAUUUUCUAUAGUCGUACAUAACUUCCUCGCGAGUCUUUGCGAUCCCAAACGAGAUUCAAAAACGCACAAUCUUGGUCAAAUUCAUAGUAAAAAAGUUUCAAUUUGUUUCAGAUUUCUCUCUGAUUAUUUCUCGUCUUACGAUGCCAAAUUUAUGCCCUGACAUCUAGAUGCAAUUUCUACAAUUCUCAUCUCUUUUUGUGGCCAUCCACUGUAGAUUCUAGUUGCGUGAUCUACUGCUAUUUUGAAAUUACCCCGGUGAUCCGAUAAUUUCUCUCUUUCCUUAUGCGUAUCUGACGUGUACAUUUUCCUUAGAAUCCAGGUAUCCCAGUAGUCCAAUUUGCCGUAAAAGAUAAAUAAUAAUUUCUGAAAGUGUAUCGAAGAUACAGUUGUCUACAAAAUUUACCAUGAUUCCAGCAGUCAAUAAACUAUUAAGAAAUUGUCUAUAGGCAAUUAAUGGAUUUUCAGCAAGAACCUACAGCUCCUAUAUUUGAUUGCCCUCGUGAUCAGACCAGCUCCUUUGACAAUAUAGCUAAUAUUGAACGUCGAAAUAAUUUGAAAUACGAUUUUCUGCCUCUCAAUGCUACCAUUUCCAAAAAGUUGCCGAAUGUCAGAUAUAGCAUCACUGACUACUAUAGGCGUCUUUUCCAUAAUUUUACAAACGAAAGUGACGACGUCAAUAUAUGUUGUUCGCAGGCAUGACAGGCGUGAAGACCGUAUGUCUCCAUGCUAGCAGGAGGCUCAGUGCCCAUACUUCAAUAAAUGGCUAUAAUAAAAUUAUCUUUUAGCGCACGCGCGCACGCACACACACACAGAUCUUUUAGACCAGUAUACCUACGACGAAUUGAUUUACUCAAUAAUACUUUUAUGCAAUGAACAACAAGUACAUUUGGCCUUUUAGCGUGCUACGGACAUCAAAAAAUAAAACAAAUCUUGUAUAUUUUGGUUAUUUUUAUUUCAGAAAUAUUUCUUUUUGUUAUGUUCUGGGCACAUCAUCUUCUAAUCUGCCGUUUAGUUAUUCAAUUUCGAAAUCGCAUUUUAUUGACACGGUGCAUGUA